AGUCAAGAACUGUCAAAUUAUGGAAACAUUUUAAGAAAACAGAACGACUAAACCUGGUUGAUUGAUCGCUGUUUAUUUUUUGUAAAGUGCGUGUUUUAACGAAAGUAAUAAUAUCGUUUGUAAUUAUGAUAAUAUUAAAUAGAAAUUAUUAUUUUCGACAGUGAAAUGCUCUCCAAAAUUGAUAUAUAAGUGACAUGGAUUUAUUGAAUUGAAUCAGGAUAUCCCAGUCGGAAGACCUAACAAUGAAGCAGUCUGAAUUUUAUUUUACUGAUGGAAGUGGGAGUACGGAUUCUGGGAGUAAUCCUGCGUAUCCUGAACUUACUCUUUGCCCCAUUCUUCUGGCUGAUGUCCCGCGACCGCCGCCCCUUGCCCCGUCCCCCUCAACCGCUAUUGUUGAGGAGCGCUACCAGUUUAGCUGGGGCUGUCAAGAGUGGUGAGAUCACAAGCGAAGGCCUGGUGAGCGCGUACAUAGACCACAUAAAGACAGUAAAUCCGUUGCUCAACGCGGUAGUGGAGGAGCGGUACCGAGCGGCUUUGGAAGACGCCAAGGCUGUUGACAGGAAGAUUGAGGAAGCAAAGAGAAAUGGCGCUUUGAAACAACUGUUCGAAGGAAGACCUCUUCUGGGCGUGCCGUUUACUGUCAAGGAGAGUUGCUCUCUCAGUGGUCUGUCAAACGCCGUAGGCUGUCUAGAAAACGCCGGCCGCCGCGCUACCAUAGACGGAGAGGCAGUACGCCUAGUCAAAGAGGCUGGUGCUAUUCCUCUCCUCGUCUCGAACACCCCUGAACUGUGUCUAGGCUGGGAGACAACUAAUUUACUUCGCGGUGCCACGAACAAUCCCUACGAUUUCAAUAGGACGCCUGGAGGGUCGUCGGGCGGUGAAGCGGCAUUGCUUGCAUGUGGCGCGUCACCCCUGAGCGUCUCCUCAGACAUCGCUGGCUCUAUUCGAAUACCAGCCGCCUUUUGCGGUAUUUUUGGACAUAAGCCCACUCCAGGUAUAAUUCCCAUAGAGGGCCACAUACCAACGCUGAGUGAUGAGAACUACCCUCGCUUCCUGACCGUGGGUCCGAUGACGCGCAAGGCUGAGGACCUGCCGCUCUUGAUGAACAUAAUGGCUGGCGAAAAUAGGCACAAGCUGAAUCUCGACGAGCCAGUGAGGAUAGAGGAUAUUAGAGUGCACUACAUGACUGAUGCGGGCGAGUCGAUAGCGCUUUUAAAUGUCGACGACAGUAUCAGGCACGGGAUCUUGAAUGCAGUCAAAUACCUCGAGAAGGAGUGCGGCUCUAAAAUAUGCGAGGAAAAAUUCAAAGACUUGGAAGAUUCGGUGGAGAUAUCCGUGUCGGUCUUCUUCGCUAUGAAGGAUAUUCCCAACAUGUUACAAGAUCCCACUAAUCCGAAAGUCGACAAGAGCCUGGCAGUGGAGCUGAUAAAGUAUAUGUUCGGCGGCGGCUCGCGCUCGCUGCAGGGGCUCGGCUUCACUCUCAUCCACAGAAACAACCUUUUCAUACCCGAGUCCAGGAAUAAAUAUUACAGCGAUAAGGCGCACAAGCUGAGGGAAGAAAUGACGAGGGUACUGGGCACAGACGGAGUCCUUUUGUAUCCAGUAUUCAACGGCCUCGCCCACAGACACAACCAGGUGUUCUUCCGAGCGUCAGGCGUCCUGUACACCAUGGUGUUCAACAUCCUGGGCAUGCCCGCCACCAGCGUGCCCGUCGGCUGGCACGACGGGCUGCCCGUUGCCGUCCAGGUGAUAGCAGCUCCAAAUCAAGACAGAUUAUGUCUAGCGGUCGCCAAACAACUGGAGAUAGCAUUCGGAGGAUGGCGGCCGCCGCUGCCGGCGUGAGGUGUGGACACAUUACUCGAGUUGAAACAUUACCUACAUUUCACACAAGGCGAUAAAUCCACGUAUACACUAGACAACAUUUGACCAGCAAUAUCGCUCUUUCUCACUCAUUACCAUUGCUCGAGUGAAACAGCAUAUCGUCUAUCUCACUCAUGUAAAUUGUAAUGAGAAGGAAAAGGACGAUAUGUUGCGCUUCAAAUGUUCCCAAGUGUAUUCGUGGCUUCACGCUCAUCCAAAUCUUUGUCCAAUAUAUUUUUUUUAUUACUUUUUUUUGCAGUGUCCGUAUAAAUAGCAAUAUUUGACAAAUAAUAGCUAUCGUACUUAGGUACAAAGCUAUUGUUGACAAAAAACAUCACUUUUUUUUUGCAAUGCUCGUAAUUUCUUCGGACAAAUGUUGAUAUUUUCAUUGUGUGCAUAAUUUUUUGUUAUAUCUUGAGAAAUAAUUUGAUUAUCAAUGUGAUUCAUUACACUGAUCAUUGUGCAAUUGUAAGGUUCUUCGAUGAGGCAUCUCAAUCAAAACUUUAUUUUGUAUUAUCUAGUCUAGUGGGGUUAUUUAAUAUUAUUUAUUAGCCCUAAUUAAACCUAGACCACAACGCACAAUGUGCAGAUUUUAUCAUCAUGACUUUAUUAUUGUAGUUUCGACUCGGCGAAUGUGAUGUUUAUAUUAAUAUCAAACCACAGUUAUGGCGUGGUGAUUUGUACAAUAGAUUUACCGUUUUGUACGUCAAUGUUAUUCCGGGUGAGAUUUUAAACUAGACUUUAGACUUUUCCAGAGUUUUUGUUUGAGAUUUUUUUUCAGAGAUUAAUUUUCGAAAAUCCGUACAAUUUUAUUUGUUAGCUGCAUGUUAAUGGUGUGGAAAAUAAUGUGUAUGUCAAUAAGUUUCCUAUUAAAUUUCUGUAUUUUUUUUUCUAUGGUAACAUAACGUUAUGGUAACGUAACGUUAACAAUGUUAAACUUUUUUCUACGGUAACAUCGUCCUUAGCCCUUACGAUUAUUCUCCUUAUGCCGCUUCUCGAUUAUUUUCUUCCUCUUGGAAAUGUAAGUUUAACUAUGAUUACAAUCUCACUCUGUAGUUAUAAAGUUAAACCAAUAAGAUUGGUCUCCGUUUGUCUAACAUUGAAUUACUUAAGAAUCGUAAUUUGUAGGCUAAUCUAUUGUGAGAACAAAUGUUGCUAGUUUUCAUACAAAAUCUGCCCGAACUCUGCAAUAUGACAUUAUGGACGUUAAACUUUUACAUAAAAGAAAAGGUUACAUACUAACCAGUAGUUAAAUUUUGUAUGGAAAGUAGUAACUUAAAACAUAAUUAUCUUAAUCGUAAUAUCAAAUUUCUAUUACAGUAUGUUUUUGAGAACUUACACGUGCUAAAAGUGCCCAACUAUAAUGUGAUGAGAUGAAAUCUGAGUAUUUUCUAUGUAUUUAUUUCUACUUGUCGUUUCCUGGUGAUUCUGAUGUUUGCACUCGAAAUGAGGACCCUGUUUCCUGAAUAUUUGGAAGAUAUUUACGAUGAUUUUCGGUGUGUCCCUUUCUCGAAAAGUAUUUUCUCAUAAUCUUAAUUUUCUUUAAUCAAAAAUUUUUUAGAUUUAUGAAAAGUACUUUUUAAGAAAUGGAUUAUGCCAUUUACCUAAAUAAAAACAACGCGUACCUUUUGAUACGUAACAAUAUUGCAAUAAACAAUGUGUAUUAAAGGAUUGAAGAGCGAGAUUAUUCUGAACGGAACUAACUGGAAUCGUUAUGAUCCUGAGAAAUCCAAAUUUGUUGUAUAUCAAAUUACAUUUUUAUUACCUACUUCUUGUAGAUUUUAUUUAUAUACGUGCUGUUCUAGAGUGUAAUUUGUUAUAAUGAGCAAAUAAACGACGUCGUAUUAUUAAA